AGCAGGCGGUGCGCGGCGGGACACCACAAUCCGGGCUGGUGAACGACCUGGAGAUAAGACAGUCGUGGUUAUUAAUGAACGGAGAUAAAAUAAAUAAGGCUGGUGUGUCUCGCUCAUGGUGACACUACGUACAUAAAAAAGAAAGAAAAUUGCCUUAGUAACAGCAAGAGCAUCACUCAAAUCGUGGUGCGUGCGUUAGUUCUCUCCUCGCCGCCAUGUCUUCGCCAGGCAGCCCGCCGCCGCAGACCUUCGACGAACUGCUCACACUGAUGGGCACUGGCAGGUGGAACUUCCUGUACAUUACCACACUCAUCCUUCGUUUGUCGAUUCAGCCCAGCCAUGCCCUCAGCGGAGUGUAUCUGGCGCCAUGGCAAGCCCACACCUGCCGCCCACACCCCUCCCACCUUAAUUUGACACGUUCUAGAGACGCCUGCCACUACGUCAUUGAGAGGCCGGCCACGGGGGGAGAGCUGAAUGAGACUGAAGAGUUAGAGGUUCCCUGCACCCAGUGGGACUAUGACUUCUCCACUUUCACCUCCUCUCUCACCUCCGACUACGACUUGGUAUGCCAUCAAGACCACCUGCGGGCGUUGUACCAGAGUCUGUACAUGAUGGGCACCACUGUGUCUCCCGUGCUGUGUGGAUACCUGGCGGACAGGUUCGGAAGAAUGAAGGUUCUGAUGGCUUCUCAAAUCACCCUCUCCGUCUCCUCCAUCGUGAUCUGUUUCCUGUACAACCUUCCUCUCAUCUUCAUGCUGCGCUUCAUCCUUGGCUUCUCAGAGAUCCUGACGGGCUUCGUGCUGACCCUGGAGGUGUGUGAGCCCAAGCAUCGAGUGGCAGUGGGCAUUCUGUCUGGCCUGGGCUGGUCCUUGGGCACGAUGAUCUGGGGCGGGCUGGCUUACUUGCUGAGGGCGUGGCGAUCCCUGCAGCUGGCGUCCUCCCUUCCCACCCUCAUUGCAUUUCCGCUGCUCUUCUUAAUGGACGAGUCUCCGCGCUGGCUUAUCGUGAACGGUCAGUCAGCACGGGCGAAGCAGGUUCUGAGGAAGGCGUCACGCUGGAACAAGGUGACGCUUCCUCCUGACGACCAGCUGGACACUCUCUUCUUUCUGAUCCGCAAAGAAGAGGACAGUCACCGCCCAAGGACGAGCACUGACGUCUCAUCUUACAAAGGCUUCUGGAGACCAAGGCUAUUGUGGAACAAGGACAUCACCGUCAUCACACUGGUUAUCGCACUGUGUUACUUCUGCGUGGCUCUGGUGUACGAUGGCCUCAACCUGGCUGGGGACCUGUACAGCGACAACCUCUACCUCUACCUGGUGCUCGGGGGCCUGGCAGAGAUACCGGGGAUCGUCCUGGCGGCUCCCUUGGUCCACCGCCUCGGCAGGAAAGCACCCAUCGUGGCGUGUCUUCUUGGCUGCGGCGUAGUUAAUAUAGCCAUUUCCUUCCUGCAGGCUGAGACACGAGCAGCAUCCUUCACGGCAGCCAUGUUGGGGAAGCUGCUGGUGACCGCCGCUUUUCAGAUCAUCUACCUUUACUCCAGCGAGCUCUUCCCGACGGAGGUGCGGACGAGCGGGGUGGACGGAGCCUCUGCCGUGGGCCAGGUGGGGGCUGUCCUCGCGCCUUACUUCAGUUCCUACCUUGGUCCGCUGGUUUCCCUGGCUCCCGUCCUCUGUGUACGGGGUCAUAAGCUUCGUGACGGGACUCACCACCAUGUUCCUGCGUGAGACAAAAGGCAGGGCGCUGCCCGAGACGUUAGCGGACCUCGGGGAUCCAAAGCGAAAACUGAGGAGGGAGAAGCGUAAUCGAAAGUGGCGACGUGGAGAGCGACGGAGAGCCAGACGUCAGCACCAGCUUACGUGAAGAGCAGCAGUGAGGCGGCAGUGAGGAACGCUUUCUAUACGUCUUCCUGGAAGCACAAGUACGGUACUCAUAUAGUGAAACAGUGACAUGACGAAUGUUAAUCAAGACCUACGUGAGUGAGUUAUUACCAAGGACGCAGCAGUAAUGACAGUGAGGACCAUAUUCUGAAACACUUCUGCACCGACACCUCAGCUCCUUUCAAAAACUCUACUAGUAGAUGAAGUUACACUGGUUUUUAAAGUAUUUAUGGGGUUCUAGAGACAAAUUUAUAAGAUUUCUACAUUAUUUGCAUGGAAAACACGCUUGAAAAUCUGGCUGAUCAUCUCUGUGGCCUUUGAAAAUAGUUGUGAUGAGAGGAGAAAGCGUUUGUGAAUACAGGGCUGAGAAUGAGGAGCUGUGCGUGUUUCAGAUUGUUUCCAGUGGCGGGCGAGCUGCACACCGGGCCUGAACCACAGCGCAUCAACCGUGCAAGAAAUGGUGAGAUAUUUUGGUAGCAGUACCAGUAGGUAAUGAUUCUUCUAAUUACACAGUAUCAUAGUUAGACGAUUUUCACUAUUUCCACGAGAAACAAAGAAAACGAUAAAUGUUACAGAAAAUGUAUUUUUAACAUUAACUAAACCAUUAUUAUGCUAGUGUCAUUAAUAGCACGUGUACAUAAACAUCACGUUUGAUUUUAAUUCGUCAUCUUAACUGUUUGAGUUACUCACUUGGAACUCUACCUGUAUGCUCAUGUAGAUUUAAUUUCUCCUUUUUAACUGACUGAAACCAAGUUGUGCCGAAAAUAAGGAUUAUUUUCUCAAAAACAUUUUGCCGUCUUAUGUCUGCUGGUUUGGCAGAGUCUAACACAAAUUAUAGAGAUUUUCAAUAAUAUUUUAAUUCUAGUGAUAGCUUAACAAUAAUUCUGCACCAUCAAUGGGGAAAACACACAUGAAAACCCGAUGAAAUAACCUCUAUGAUCUUUGGAAAUAGUCCUUAGCAUUUCAAAACAUUUCAGAAUGCGGGUCCAAGUCUGACAUAAAGGCAAUGGAAGCAAAGCACUUCUACUUGGUUUGCAUACAUCUCGUGGCGACAAACAGGCAAAUGUCUCUCAGCCUCUCAGCCUCGUACUGGUGCUAUCUGCUUGUGAAUGUGUUAACGCGAGGAGUAAUUAUUUCCUGAGUGAGACUGUUUCGUUUAUUCAGUGCCGUGGCGACGAAGAAUUUAUUAAUCUUAGCGGCCCUAAACACGAUACUGGUCAUAACUGAUUGUGAAUCUCGUAACACCAAGAUUAAUUAUAAAUUCUGAAAGAUUA